AUGUCACACAGAGAAGUCGUAAAAGCCAUCAAGGAAGCUCUAGCGAAGAUCCGAAAUGACUCCACCCCGGAAGGCGACAUUAGAGCAGUAUCUACCUUUCACAAUGGAGGUGUCAUAGUAGAAUUGGAAAGCGAAACCCUCGCAGCAUGGCUGAGGAUACCUGAAGGCAGAUCAGCUCUACUAGCAGAACUCAGACCAACAGUAUCAUUCCGCACUCGCUCUUUCCCCCUUGUAGCAGAGUACCUACCCAUCCAGAUGCAGAUUGAGGGAGAAAACUUCCUUCGGGCAGUAGAACAAGAAAACAGCCUCCCAGAGAACUCACUAGUAUCAGUCUGUUGGAUCAAAUCUCCAAUGAGGAGAUCUCAGGAACAACAGAAAGCAUUUGCACUCAUUCAAGUAGCUGACACACCUACAGCCAACACCAUCAUC